AUGGAGAUACCGAGGACGAGUCACCCUGCAGAGCCACUACCAUUCCUUCAUCCGAAAAGCUUUCAUGAUCAGGACCGGAAGUCACGACGCGAAAUUCAUACAUCGAGCCAACUCUGCAAUGAACCCGAGGACGACCGAGAGAUAAGCCAAGAAGAACCCGCUGGUGAGAGUAAAGCUCAAAAUGCUACGCCAGAAAGAUCACCAAAAGCACGAGGUCGCAUGAUACGGAAAGUAAAGGCAUCGACUGAGGACACUGUCGGAACAGCUGCGGAUACACCGAGACAAAAUGACAGCUCUACAGCUCCGAGGACGAAGAGGAAGAGCAGGCCUGAUUUGACUGGGUUGGCAGCAAAAUUCAAGGAUAUGGCUGACAAGCUGAGGACGCAGCAACGGGACGAACAAGAGAGACAGCCGUGGAUAUCACGGGAUGAGCUACCUGUCUCUCCCCUUGAACGAGCUAUGAAAGUACAGCGCCGUCAACCAAAACGCCAACCAAAAACAGAUGAAAAGCAACGGUUAGCCAACAAUCCUUGGGCUGUUAUGCUAGCACGUCCCAUGAGGUUAGAAGGAGCAUCUAGAACUCGUCUGCCUACACCACUUCUUGUGGACUUUGCUCAUGUCAAGCAUCCCAAAGACGGACAAAUCUACGCCAUGCCGAACGCAUUGGCGGAUCUAGAAAAUCUCAAAUUGAGAGCUGGUCGCGGUCUUAGAAGGCACGCCAUGCAGCUUCGUGCGCAGGAAGACAUGGGACAGGUGAUGCGACUGAUACCUUACAAGCUUGGGAUCGAAGUACUUUCCGAUUCAUUUGUGGUCAGUGACACACAGACAAAAUCAACCAGGACACAGAAGGGAGCGGUGAUGAAGAGACUGCAUCCCGUCGGAUGGUUCGAAAAGUCCUCAAAGAUGACGAGUUAUCGAGUCGCUUCUAAAGAAUACUGGGAACUCAAGGAGAAACAGGGCGAGCUGGAUGACGAUUUAUUCAAGAAGCCCCCGAGAGAGUUCGAGCCUGAAAGGGUCCAAUGGCAGCCAGAUAUCGCGGAGCGAUUGUCUGAUAUUAUGAGACAGAGAGUAUUGAUAGUAUUGGAGUCGCUGUUCUGGAGACAGCAGAGGGUGAUCGACAGUGGAAGAAGCUUUUUUACGUGUCUCGAAUGGCCUGACAAGCUGACCCUUGAUCCUACCAUCUUCCAGGUAGCUAUCACGGAGAGGCAAGAUUUCUGGAACGACAUGGGCGAUAUCGAAUCUCCAGAUGCUAUCUCUGGUGGUGGAUUGCGGCAAGGUAACCAGGGAGAUCCUCGACCUCCAAUCGCUGUUCAACCUGGUGAGAUCAGUAUUAAGCCUCCGCCGAAUCACUUCAACAAGAGUGAUCCUCGCAUUUGGCUUCCUGGCAGUAUUGUCAUACACUUGGGUCCACCAUCCUCAGCGCUACAAGGUCUGUCACAGGCUAAACCAGGUGAAGCUGUCAAAAUAGACGAAGAACCCAUAGGUGGAGAAUACCUACCACCAAUGUUGACCAUUGGAGAUCUUCGUCUUCCUGUUUUCAACUUACAAGCAAUGCUUGGUAAAAGCUUCCAUCCUGUUCUCAAAAAGCUGUUGCAAAGCCACCGACCCAUCUUGUCACGAAAUUGCAUUCAAUCACACCCGGUAGUUUAUCAAGAAGGAGCAGAUAUGAAGUUCGGUUUGCAUGAGACUGACUACAUGAUAAUCGUCAAGUCCACUGCACCAAACAGCCUUUUCGUCGCGCAAGAGCUUUGGCAGUUGUGGCGCUAUCUGGGCGGUCGAGACUGUCUUCUCGAGGCGGUAGCGGGUAAGCAAAAGCUUGUGAGACGUCCUGCUGAUGACACGUCUAAAGAGUCGCAACGUGUUGCAAGAAGAGAAAAGAAGAUCAAGGGUGAAUAUGACGGAUUGUCAGCUAAGGCUUGGGAGCAUCUACAUGGCCUUCUGGGACUGUAA